AUGGAGAUGUUUGUCCUACAGAAGUUUUGUACUCGGGUCCUCUCUUGGGCCGGGACGGUGGUAAUGUGCGCCUCUGAAGGUGGUGCGGCCCUUGCUGGCCGCGGAGCCGGUGGCGAGAACGCCAACAUAAGGGUAUUCUGUCUUGGUGGUGGUGAAGUACGUGUGUGUCUGUUUCUGGGCCUCCUUCUCCAGGGAAUUGGGCCGAAUUCAUCAGUUGAUGAUGCAUUAUUUUCGCAUGCGCGAGUUAGGACUUUGGGUUGCUUCCGAAACACUGUCGCCGUCGUCUGUACCCAUUCACGUCUGCCAACCUACAACCAGCUGAAGGGGAAAAACAACAACAUCUUCACUAAACACCCCACCACCAGACCACAAACUCCCCACUUUUCGACAGAGACGUGGAUUGGUUGUUUCUCCGUCCAGAAUCGCCCGACUUCUAUGAAUUUAUCACUCCCGCAUCCGCGUGAACAACAGCAGGCGUCCGCAGGGGAGGUGCGAUCGCACCUCCUGCAGGAUGAGGGAUAUGGCGGCUGA